CGCUGGGCUCCCGGGCCGCGGCGGCCGUUGCGGGGGGGGGGGGAGCAGCACCAACGGUCGCCGCCGUUUGAAGCUCAACGGUCGGGGCGCGCGGGCGGGCGUGAGGGCAGCCUCGCUGAGGUGAGGCGAGGCAGGGGGAGGGGCUCCAUCCCUCCUUCCCCUCCUGUCCCGCGGGCUGGGGGCUCGGAGCCGCUGCAGGGCGUCCCGUCAGCGGUAGCCGCGUUGCCCAGGUAGAGGGAGCGGGCAGGCUCCUGCCCAACCGAGCCGGGCUCAGCCCGUGAGGCGCGGGGGGGGGGGGAACGACUGUCAGGGCGCCUCCGCCGGUCCCGCGGGGAGACCCCACAGCCCCCGGAAAGCGAUCGCGAUGGCGGUGCGGCGCCAGCUGCCGAGCGGGCGGGGCUCGGCUGCUACGUGGUCGCGCUGAGCCCGGAAGAGGAGGGCGGUGGCGGCCAGGGGCGGUGGGUCCGGGCGCCGCCCCCUUGUAACCAAGGCGGCUGAGCCCCGGGGGGUUGCUCCUGUUGGGGUGCUCGGGCGGCACCCCCGGCCCAGAGCCCCUCAGCGCUACGGGUCCCGGGAGCGGCACGAGGGCUGUCGUGUUCUGUCGUGUUCUGUCGUGUUCUGUCGUGUUCUGUCUGUGUUCGCGCGCCUGGCUGAGCCGCAGUCCGAAGAAAAUACUCGCUGACACUGCCAGGAGCUUCCCUGCAAUUUGUGAGGAAAUGGAUUUUGAAGCACUGAAAAAAUACUCAGCGUUGCAUCCUAAGCCUGCUGGACUUACUCUUCAGUAUGGCACUGCUGGAUUCCGCAGCAAGGCAGAGCAGCUCGAUCACGUCAUGUUCCGCAUGGGCUUGCUGGCAGCUCUCAGGUCCAGAGCCACAGGAUCUACCAUCGGUGUCAUGGUUACAGCAUCUCACAAUCCUGAAGAAGAUAACGGUGUGAAGCUGGUUGAUCCUCUCGGUGAAAUGCUGCACCCUUCCUGGGAAGAAUAUGCCACCCAACUAGCAAAUGCAGAGGAGCAAGAGUUACAGAAAACACUAACUGAGAUCUGCCAAAAAGCAGCAGUAAACCAGCAAAAAGAUGCUUCAGUGUUUCUUGGUAGAGACACCAGACCAAGCAGCAAGAAGCUUUCACAGGCGGUAAUAGAUGGUGUUUCCGUUCUAGGCGGUCAGUACCACGAUUAUGGUCUGGUGACCACACCACAGCUACAUUACAUGGUCUGCUGUCAGAACACCCGGGGGCAGUACGGGAAACCAACGCUGGAAGGUUAUUACCAAAAACUGUCGAAAGCUUUUAUGGAACUGAUAAAAAAGUCUCCCGGCUCUGGAGAGGGUCAGCGGCAUCUGAAGAUUGACUGUGCCAAUGGUAUCGGAGCCCUGAAACUGUUGGAGAUGCAGCCCUACCUCCCAAAGGAGGUGCUAAUUCACAUCUAUAACGACGGAACCAAGGAGAAACUCAAUCACUUGUGUGGUGCGGAUUUUGUAAAAGUUCACCAGAAGCCACCUAAAGGGCUAGACAUGAAGCCUAAUGAGAGAUGCUGCUCGUUCGAUGGCGAUGCAGAUAGAAUUGUGUAUUACUACACAGACACAGCUGGCCAUUUUCACCUCAUAGAUGGAGAUAAAAUAGCAACUUUGAUUAGUAUCUUCCUUAAAGAACUUCUUGCCAAGGUGGGACAGACUUUGAAGAUGGCAGUAGUACAAACAGCCUACGCCAAUGGGAGUUCAACGCGGUACCUUGAGGAAACACUGCAGGUGCCUGUUCACUGUGUGAAAACUGGAGUGAAACACUUGCAUCACAAGGCUCAGGAGUUUGAUGUCGGUGUUUAUUUUGAGGCAAAUGGACACGGGACAGUACUCUUUAGCAAAGCUGCUGAAAAUACAAUAAGACAACUGGCAAAAGAAGAGAGAGAUGAUGCAAAAAAGGAAGCAGCGAAGGUGCUUGAAAACCUGAUUGACCUCAUUAAUCAGACGGUGGGCGAUGCCAUCUCAGACAUGCUGGUGAUCGAAGCCAUCCUGGCUCUGAAAGGUCUGACUCUGCACCAGUGGGAUGCCUUCUACACCGACUUCCCAAGCCGGCUGCUCAAAGUUCAGGUUGCCGACAGACAAGUUAUCGAGACAACAGACGCGGAAAGACGGGCAGUUACACCUCCAGGGCUACAAGAGAAAAUUGAUGCAUUGGUGAAGAAGUACAAGUUCUCACGAGCAUUUGUCCGUCCGUCGGGAACAGAAGACGUUGUUAGGAUAUACGCCGAAGCAGACACACAGGAGAAUGCUGAUGCCCUUGCCCAUGAAGUAAGCCUGGCCGUUUACCACCUUGCCGGUGGAAGAGGAGCACCACCCCAGCCGCUAUAGCAAACAAUACAACGGCACCUGAAGUUCAGAACGGGACUUUAAAAUAUUAUUUUCCUUACCAUUUGCUAAUGUGGAUGUACUGAACUCUUCUUGAUUGUUGCAAGGAUUAAUCAGAACUGAGCAGAAUAUUACUCUGGUUAUUUCUUACCGCUGGCACCUUAUCUCUUACUGCGAUGCUCUUGCUGCUGGAUGUUGCCCUCCUCUCAGUUUGUCUGACGCCCAACACUGACCUGUUAGGGGUGCCAGCUGUACUCUGUGUGUGUCACUGCUCAGCAUCCAGGGGGUGGUUCACAUCCAGAACAGAGCUGCAGCUCCAGCCUAAGACUGACGAACCAUCUGCUCUACCAGGAGCAGCCCGGCUCCCAGCAGCUCCAGAGGAGGCUCACUGGAGGGGAGGCUCCCUUCAGCCUUACGGCACCUGGCUGCUGUCAGGCAGGAAAGGCAGACAGCUGUAACAGAGCCAGCAGCUCGUCCUUCAGCCAGGCACGCCAGACAUGUGUCUGUAUUCUAACAUGAGGUAGUAACAGGUAUGUAAUGAAACUGCAGCACUCAGCAGCUGGUACUCAGAUUAAUUAUAAGGGACCAGCUUUCACUGAUUACCAGGCCUCUCAUAGGCUAACUGCUGCGUUCAUAUUUUAGUGUUCCUGUGAUGAAUUCCCUGCCUCCCCAGGUCACAGAUUGUCACGCUGUGCCUGAAGUCCAGCUCCACCUCCCUCAGGGCCCUGUGAUGGCUGCUGCAUAAACAGCUCCUGUACUGCCACCACCACAUCCCUGUCACCUGCAGGCAGGCAGCACAAGGCCGUGCUGGGCUGGAGCCUGAGUUCACUUCAGGGGCAACACUGUAAUGAGAGCGCGUUUGCAAAUAAUGUGUUAUUGCAAUAAUAGCUUUUUUUUUUUAUGAAAUUAAGAUAUGGCUUAGAAAAACACAGUAGCAGUGUUUAUGAUCAUUUUAAAGUCUGAUUUCUGUGACCCUUCCUACUCCCCCUCACUGUGAAGGGGCUGAGCUACUGGGAUGGAACACUGAAUACACAGGCAUUGCUCAUCCACAUCUUUCAGUUACCUACCUCCAACAAAGAUACUAACUGCAUUAACUCUCAGCAUGGCCUUUUAGAGAGUGUUAAAUAAGCACAAGUUCCAACGGAUCAAAAAACCCAAGACAAAUAAACUGGAACCAAAUUGGAAAAAAA